AUGCCAGCACCAUCCAACAAAAGCGGCGGCAUUGAACCUCCGGAGGAGAUCUCCUGGAUAGCCGCCCAAGGCUUCAUGACCGGCGUGUUCCGCUUUGGCUCUGUGUCUAUUUUGGCUCAUAUGAUUCUUUCCCUACCCCACCCUUUCGUCUUCUCCGCGCCAACUCCGCCCGCACAUCCCGCGACACAACCCCGUCCACGCCCAUCCAUAUUCUCCCGUGAUUAUCUUCGCUCACGACUCUUCCACCGUCCCUUGGAGGGUUUCUCAAGCUGGGUAUCCCCGGGGUCCCGUGUCUAUCGCGGUCUGACACCACAGUUCAAGGUCUUCCUACAAGUUGCGGCCAUGACUCUGGGUGGAUGUAUCUGGCAAGAGAAACGCGUGACAGAAUACAUCGAACUAGUGCGACGCAUCAAACGUGCGGAGCGAGUAGAGGCUGAAAGGGCAGAGGGUAAUCGCCGAUAA